UCGCGCGCUGUCGCACAACAACAAACGAGAGGCAGGCAGCAGCUGGGAGAGAAGGAGGCAGGGAGAGAGAGAGAGAGAGAGACGGGAAGAGCUUUUCUUUCCUGAUCAUCAAUGGGGAUCUUCGGCGCAGCAGAGGAGGAGAACUGACUGAGAAAUCUGCUCAAAAUGGCUAAAAACCAGGAAGUGGAGCGCAUCGCCAAAAAGCUGGAUAAAAUGGUGCACAAGAAGAAUACGGACGGAGCUCUCGACCUGCUGAGGGAACUAAAGAACAUCAAGAUGUCUCUGGAGACCCUGCAGUCGACCAGAGUCGGUAUGUCUGUGAAUGCAGUGAGGAAGCAGAGUUCAGAUGAAGAAGUUCAGACUCUGGCCAAAGCUCUCAUCAAGUCCUGGAAGAAACUGCUGGACGGUGCAGAGGAGAAGAAGAAGGAUGGCUCUCCUGUGAGGUCAUCGUCCACCUCCAAGGACUCAGACAGCAGUGAGAAAAGCAGUAAGAAGUCCGGGGAGUCCCCCACCACGCCCACCACCCCGACCCUCCCCCCUCAGGUCACCUCCUUCCCCCCUGCCCCCGUCACCGCCGACAGCGUGCGGAACAAAUGUCGAGAGCUGCUGGUGGCUGCGCUGCAGACCGACGAUGACCACCUGACCAUCGGAGUCGACUGUGAGCACCUGGCAGCACAGAUCGAGGACGAGAUCUUCCAGGAGUUUAAGUCGACGGACAUGAAAUAUAAAGCUCGUCUGCGAAGCCGCAUCUCCAACCUGAAAGACCAGAAGAAUCCAGACCUGCGGCGUAACGUCCUGUGUGGAAACAUCUCGCCUCGACGCAUCGCCAGCAUGACUGCCGAGGAGAUGGCGAGUGCAGAGCUGAAGCAGAUCAGAGAGGCUCUGACUAAAGAGUCCAUCAGAGAACAUCAGCUGUCGAAGGUCGGAGGGACUGAGACGGACAUGUUCAUCUGUAACAAGUGUCACGGAAAGAGCUGCACGUACACACAGGUGCAGACCCGCAGUGCUGAUGAGCCCAUGACCACCUUUGUGUUGUGUAACAGCUGCGGCAACCGAUGGAAGUUCUGUUGAAGAGGACGUGUGUGAACACUAUCACAUCGUGAAGCUAACUGACUAAAGUGAAUUGAAUGUGGAUUUAAAAAAAUGAAUUAAGUUUUCUUUAUUUUGUAUAUUUUCUUUUAUAUAUAAAACUAAAAGCUGUAAUAUAUUGAGGGAAAAUUGGGCCAGUUGUUGUUGUCUAUUGGUUUCAUUUGUUUUGCAUGGAGCACUUAGUUGAUUUUGUAGGCUAGAUGAAGCUUGAAGCCAGAUUUGAAAUCACAUUUAGGCCUUGUGGAAACAGUAGAUGUGCCUUUCUUUGCCAUGUUGUGCUGCCACGUAUUUUUGGCUUCAAUCUUUCUAUUAAAGUUGCUCUUGGAUUAAGAUGA